AGUCGUACUCGUACUCGUACUCGUACCCGUACUGGUACUGUUCCUGAUGCUGCGCUGAUGAUGGUGCUGAUGCCCUGCCUCGACAGAUGCACGCACCACCGCAUGAACCCGUGCACGAUAGAAUUCUCUCGCUGAGAAGUCGAUUGCCAUCUUGUCGUCACACCCAAGGUGUUUUCGUUCCAUACGACUGCAACUGCAACUGCAACUGCAACCGCAACCGCAACCGCAACCGGAACCGGAGCAACAGCAACAGCAACAGCAACAGCAACAGCAACAGCAACAGAAACACAAAGAAGAAAACCCGGCCCACACACACGGCCGAAGAAACCGAAACAAGCUCACAAAUCGCAAAAGGAACAGAUCGAAAAGCAAGGAGUGCCACUGCUUCGCACACGCAACGAUUUUUUCCCGAAAAGGCAGCACGGCACGGCACAGCACACACCAUGACGGAUCCCUUCGCAGCGAGCGCGGAAGGGCCUCCCCCCGGCGGUUGCCCCUUUGCCCAGAAGCAGCCUCCUUCUGAAAGAAGGGCGGCGCCGCGGCGCACCUCCGCCUCCAGCACGGGAUCCUCCUCCUGCCCGUUUGCCCAGGCGCUCCACGAGAGCGACGACGCAUCGGCCUCCUCCUCGGUGUCCGCGGGUCUUUCCGCGAGUCUGUCCUCCCCGCCCUCCCCGGGAUCGCUGCCCUGGAAGGAGUGCCCCGUCUUUGCGAACCGCUCGUGCCCCUUCAAGGACGCGAAAUCCCCCGAGGACGUCUCGGAGAUCCUUCGGAAGCUCCCGGCGAGCCACACGGACCAAUCGCAAACGACGCACGCCGUGCUGGUCGAAACCCUCGCCCUCUUUCACCGCGACCGGGCCCUGGAAAACUUUUCCUUCUCGGCGAUCCUGAGCCGGCUGGUCCGGGAGCACGGCUAUGCCUAUGCGUUUGACGACGAAGACAGCAGCAGCAGCAGCAGCAGCGUCCACGGAGACGACCUUGGAACGGACAGCGAAGAAUUCCGAGUGCCCCGAACGCGAACGCCGCACCCACGGGAGGACACCGCCAGGGAAGCUCCGGACGCUUCGGAUGCUUCGGAUCCAAUCCCCUGCGAGCCAUCGCCAUCGACAUCGCCAUCGACAUCGACAUCGAAACCACCAAAGCAGGAGAGGCGGCUGUCGGAAGCCCUCAAGACGGGCACCGAGGACGCCCACAAAGAAGCCGAGUCGGUGCACUUUGUGAAAAACUUUAUCCGGGGGAAAAUCGAUCGCCGCAUGUACGCCCUGUUCGUGGCGCAGAUGUUUCACGUCUACCGGCACCUCGAGAAAGCCCUGGACGAGCACGCGCCAGAGCACUUUCCGGACUGCCACUUUCCGAAGGAACUGGCCCGCACGGAGGCCCUGCGAGAGGACAUUGAUUUCUGGCAGGGAAGCGACGACUUCCCCCCGGUUUCCCCCGCCACCAGGGAUUACCUGGAACGCAUCGAAGCGGUGGCCAGAGACCGCCCCAUUCUCUUGCUGGCACACGCGUACACCCGGUACCUGGGGGAUCUCUCCGGUGGAAAGGUCCUGGCCCGGGUGGCCAAGCGGGCCCUCAACCUGGACAGGGGCCCCGACGGCCUAACGGAGGGCCUCGCCUUUUACGACUUUCCCCUGCUCCGCGGAUCGGUCGUGGCCUUCAAGGACAAGUACCGCCAGUGCCUCAACGAUUUGGAGUUCGACGACGCCAACGAGGCCGUCCAGGCCAUUGUGCAGGAGGCCAACGUGGCCUUCUUGCUCAACAUGCGCCUCUUUGAGGAACUGGACGUGGAGUCCUCCGUCCCCGGGGCGUCCGUCCGGCCCAUCCAAGAGGUCUACAGCCGCGUCGCAUCGAUAUCGACAUCGACAUCGACAUCGACAUCGACAUCCGAAGAGGAACCACUCCAGCGGCCCCCGGCCGAGUGUCCCUUUGCCAACAUGAGCGGCGCCUCCGCCUUUGGACACCUCCACGGCCACGGCGGAUCCCACGAACAACACCAACACCAACAGCAACACCAACAGCAACACCAACAACACGAAGCCAAGCAGCAACACGCCCACGGCGGCGGCUCCUGCCCGUGGCCCUUUCUCCUCCUCCACGAUCCAAAAGCCGGCAUGCGCAAGUGGCAGUCGUGGCUGGCCAUCGGGGUGUUCCUGGCCUACACCUACCAGCAGUGCCUGCCGGAUCCCGCCUAGGAAGAAGAAACGGAUGCAACGAUCGAUGCAACGAUGGAUCCGAGCACCCGCAUUGCCCGAACCAUAGCCCCGGUGCCGAAACCAAAAGGCCGGAUGGAACCAACCAACCACACCGACGAAUCGAAUCGAAUCGAUCCGGGCACCCAACCACAACACAACGCCCAACGCACCGCGGUCUCUUGCGGUUCCGCUGUACUGUACACAAAAACGAACUUUGCAUUUUCGUUGAGAAGGUCCAAAGCCACGCAAGGGUGCAACGCAACACGCAACCCAUGCUCGGGCGACGGGACCGAGAUUUGUAAAAACUAAACAAUGCUUCAAGCA